AUGGCUCGCAGAAAGCACAAGAAAUCACGAUUUGGCUGCUUAGAGUGUAAACGUCGACGUAUAAAGUGUGACGAAAGGCGGCCAAUAUGCUCGCAGUGCACAAUAUCAGAACGAACUUGCGGGUUUGCUGAGCUGCGUGUUCUAUCCUUUCGACCGGCCAGUCCUAGAAGGCAAACCCCUUCUUUCUCAGUAACCCCAGCAGAAGAGGCAUCGCCGACGAGUUUCACCAGCGGGACAUCCUCUGAUGAACCACCGGUUAACAUGCUUCAUGCUGAGCUGCUUUGCCACCUAUUCACCGAGACUCUUCCAUCUGUUUGCGACAACAGCAGCUAUCAAAUGAUCUGGUCUUCACGCGAGAUUCUCCAGUACUGCUUCCAGGUCCCAUACCUCGCAAAUGAGCUUUUGGCCCUCGCCGCCACGCACAUCAGUAUCAUUCGUCCUGCCCAGCGGAAGGUCUACCGGGAUCAUGCUACUAAGUUACAGAUCCAUGCCUUGCGAGCCUUCUACAGCGUAGCCGACCCGGACAUCACCCCUCGUUUCCUUUUCUCCUCCAUCCUUGGCCUCCAUACGCUAUGCGUAACCCUUCUCUUCCGCGAUACCGACUUCGAUGUCUUCCUCGAUUCCUUUGUUCAUUAUCUCCGCUUGCAUCGCGGUGUGCGCACUGUCUUGGGGGGCAGUUGGCGCGCUUUGAGGGAGAACACAGCCUUGGGGCCAGUACUGGGCACCGCGGAGUCCCUACUGCAGGCGGAUGGGAGUCUUGGCCCGGCGUGCAGUCGCCUGCUGACACUCGUCCAACAGGCCAAGUUGGGUCCCUCCGUCACCGCAACGUAUCAACACACGAUCGAAGGGCUGCAGCUGGCGAUGACCUCAGCAGCCUUUCCGGGAGCGUGGGAAGACUGCACUCCGGCGGUUCUUGCGUGGUCGACCAGUGUUCCCGUGGAGUACAUCGAUCUUCUCGCGCGCCGUAGCCCCGAUGCUCUCGCGGUGCUGGCGCAUUAUGGGAUCGUCCUGCAUGCACAUCGCCAUCGCUGGUUCUUGGGCGAUGGCGGACGGUAUCUGAUCGAAUCCAUUCGGGAGUCGCUCGGACCGGACUGGGCGGAAUGGAUGAUUUUUCCCGGUCAGGCUUUGGAGACUACAGAUACGCUUGGUCCACUUGAAGGGGCGGUAAUUGUUCCAGGUGAAGGGUAUAAUGGCCUAGGCGCCUGA